GGCGAGUGCAGUCUCCUUUUGUAAAUGAAUGAUGGCUGAGCUGGCAGCCUCGCCUUCAUUCUGGAAAUUUCUGCGGCCAGCAAGCUCCGUCUGUGUCUUCCAUGCGGCCUCUUCUCCAUUUCAUCACUGUGGGGACUUCAUCUGAUGUGCGGUUUUCUUUCUCCCCCGACAUAUAUACGGAAGCUACAAGCUGGUGGCUAGCAGACUGUGUCUGUCUGGAAAUAGACUGCGAGCUCACGGAUGUUAAUGCAUGCAUUGGGAGAAUAAUUAAGCUGCAGUUAUUUAAGGAUAUGCCUUUGUGGCAUUUCAACACAGAAGCUGGCUCUCCAGCUUUUUCUUUCUAACGUGACAUCAUCCUUGGGUUUGACUUGGUCACAGACAAACGGUAAGAAGAAAAAUUAUAAAGGACAAGAAGUAUGGCAGACGAUAGGAAAGAUGAAGCUAAGGCACCGCACUGGACCUCGGGUCAGAUAGCAGAAGCUUCUUCACAUCCACAUGCUGCAGAGAUGAAGGAGCAAAGUGGCACAGGGGAAGGACUGGUCAGAAGUUCUAAUGGGUUUCCAUACAAAGAGGAUGAAGCUGGAGAAUAUGGUGCACAUGGACCACAGAGCUCAUAUUCCAGAACCAAAGAGAAUGGAAUCAAUGGAGAACUAACUACAGGAGAGAAAGACACUGCAGAAGAAGUAUCUGCAAGAAUAGUCCAAGUAGUAACUGCUGAAGCUGUGGCAGUUCUGAAAAGUGAACAGGAAAAAGAAGCCCAGUUCAAAGAUCAGCCAGCGCAAUUACCUUUAGCAGUUGAAGAAACAGCUAACCUGCCUCCUUCUCCACCCCCAUCACCUGCGUCAGAGCAGACUGGAACCCUGGAAGAAGAAGAAGAAGAAGAGGAAGAAGAAACAGUCAAAGGUCCCAUGGCUGAUGACCCCAAACCUGAGGCUCCCCUUGAUGAGAAGUAUGAGAAAAGGAGUGAGCCUGCUGAGCCUUUGGAACAAACAGAGGGUUUCUCAGAGGCCCAGCAGGAUUCCCUUCCUGAAGAUCAAGUGGAUCACAAUGAGGAAAAUAUAAUCCUCAUUGGAAAGGAAACCUCAAAAGCAAAACUACCUUCCUCCGGUGAGGAAGAUUUACUUUCAGCCUCGAAGAUGGAAAUCCAUGGACAGGAAGAUACGAGCCUUUUCGCAGCUACACCCUUGAGCACCAAGGAAGAAGAGAAAGGAAGUAAACCCAGUGAGCACCCCGUCCAAGAUGCCUUAGUUCCACAGCCAGCAAAAACAGAGACUAUAGAAAUGAGAGAACCACAGCUCACAGGAGAAGAGAUGGCAUUCCCAUCUCGGUUGGGAGAAACUUUGGAUGCAACUCUGCAAAAGAAAGAAGAGAAGGCUUCCACACCUCAAGAGCAAAGAGUUUUGUCAACAGAGUUGCAUAAGAAAAGUACACUAGAUGAAAAGGCCACAGAGACCCAGAAACUUGCAACAGAAGCAUCACCCUUGGAAUCUAAAGAUGAUCAGAUGACUAUUAUAAAAAAUGACUUUACUUCUCCUGCAAGCAUUGGUUCUUCUUUGCCCUCAGAACCUAUAGUGGACAUAGGCACAGUAACAAGUGCCUUUUUUCCUGAAACCUUACCAGGUGUUCCACAUACGUCUGUACCAGAAGAGAGUAGCAAAACAACACAAAAGUCUGCUAUUACAGAGAUUACCAAAGACCUUUCAAAAGAUCAAACAAUGAACAAAGAGCACAUAAAAAUACAGGAAGAAGAUUUUGCAGUGGUGGCUACAAGUGCCUCACAAGCCAAUGUAGAACAAACUCCAAGUCAAAUUCCCCUUUGGGAAGAAGAGAAAGAUAUGACUGAGGAUGAAAGUGAUGAAGAGAGGUACGCCAUGUCCAGUAGACAGAGGCUCAAAGAAUUGGAUGAUCAAUCUUUUGCUGUGCGUGACCAAAAACCAACCGUUCUGGAUAAAGAAGUUAUGGGAAAAGACAUUGACCCUAAAGAAGCAUAUGAUGCACCCAAAGCAGAAGAUUUGGGGAUACCUGGGGAAUCAACAACAUGGAAUAUUAAAGAAGAUGACAAAACAUAUGGUGCUGAGGUCAUGGCAGACCGAUUCAGUAAAGAUUUUUUUCCUGAAAAAUAUGAAGAGCAUUUGGAUACCGCUGCAUUACAUGAAACAAUAGAGAAAGCUCCAUCUGAAACACAUAAAGAACCCCAGGAAGACAAAUGUUCUGAAAAAGAAGGGAAAGGUAAAGUGUUUCCUGUUACAGAUUCAGAUCCCCACCAGAUGAGGAUAGAAGAAGAUAAAUCAGGUAUGUCUACAUAUUUUGAAACUUCCACUCUUAAAGAUGAAGUUAUCAAGAGUGAUAAAGUACAGCAAGGCAAUGAUUACUAUGAACUGAGUGAUUCAAAAGACCAGAUUUAUGAUAUUUACCAUAAAAAUUCCCUUGUAUCUAAAAAGGAGACUGAUGACUAUCAGCCAGAAGCACACCAACAGCCCAGUCCACCUGCUCAUCAAAUUGGAUACAGUACCCUUGCCCAGAGUUUCCCAGAAGAUGAUGCUAAGGAACCUAGCUCUCCUCCAGAAAGAAUGUAUACUAUUGAUCCAAAUGUGUAUGGAGAUAAGAGAGAACUCCACAAUAAAAAUAAAGAUGACUUAACUCUCAGCAGGAGCCUAGGGCUUGGUGGAAGAUCCGCUAUAGAACAGAGAAGUAUGUCAAUUAAUCUCCCAAUGUCCUGCUUAGAUUCUAUAGCACUGGGAUUUAACUUUGGACGUGCUCAUGAUCUUUCACCUUUAGGUUCAGAUAUUUUAGAUACGGGUAGUGGAGAUGAAGGUGAUGAUUACUUGCCCGCCACCACCCCAGGAAUAGAAAAAGCUCCCCCCUUCCCAACAGAAAGUAGGGAAGAAGAAGAAGAAGCAGAAGCAGCAGAAGAAGAAGUAGAAGAAGAAGCAGAAGAAGAGAGGAUAGAAGAGUCCAAAUUUAAAGAGUCAGGAGAGAUUCAGGUGGAGCCUUUAUAUGAAUCGCCUUUCCUAGCUAAAGAUUAUUACAAAAAUGGAACAGUAAUGGCUCCUGACUUACCUGAAAUGUUAGAUUUAGCUGGCACAAGGUCAAGAGUAGCAUCUGUGAGUGCAGAUACAGAGGUAGCACAAUGGAAAUCUGUUCCUUCAGAGGUGGUUGUUGAGGACAGCUCUGCAGUUCAGCAGUUUAUGACUGAUGAAAAUCACAUGACUCUAAAAGCUGACAGUCAAAUAGAAGAUUUAGGCUACUGUGUUUUCAACAAAUACACAGUACCAUUACCGUCUCCAGUUCAGGACAGUGAGAAUUUGGCAGGAGAAAGCUCCUCUUAUGAGGAGAAAAUGAGGAGAGGUGUAGUUACAGAUCUCUCAUUGAUAGAAGUAAAGUUGGCAGCAGCUGAGAGAUCCUGUGAAGAAAAAGAGGUCUCUGAGGACUCCACAGUUUGGGGCCAGGACUUUGAACAAGAGAGAAAAGCUAUUGAUAAAUUAGAUACUGUGUUAGAAAAAAGUGAGGAACAAGCUGAUGCUAAAGAAGUAUCUUUUCCUGAAGAUACUGAACAUGAAAUAAAGCUUGGUUCAGAGCUAGUAGAUGUUAAUGAUAAAACUCUAGUUGAGCCAGAAAAAAAUUCUUCAUUAAUUAAGAAAGAGGAAAAUGCUAUUCAUGUUGCUGCAAAUAUAGAUAAGGCAGAAUUGUCCUGCAAACCAGACUAUGAUGCUAUAAAACAUGAUAUGGAUUCUGCUGCUCGGCAAGUAGAACAGGAGUAUCAGAGUAAAUUAGGAGGUCAUAUCACGGAAUUAGUUUCAGAGCAGGAUAAAGAAGAUCCAGAGAAGAUCCUCUUUACAUUACAUCAAGAACCUGAUCUAUGUGCAAAAUUAGAAACUGAUCAUAUGAAAGAUACAACUAAACUGUCUGAAAUUGAAAUUAAGGAAAAAGGCCCUAAGCCUGAUCUGGUGCACCAAGAAGCAGUAGAUAAAGAAGAAUCGUAUGAAUCAAGUGGAGAUAAUGGUCAAGUGCAAGAGGGAUUGUCUGGAGAAAUUUCAAAGCCACACGAGGACAAAAUACAACGAGAAAGCCCAUCUUUGCCAGAGGAAGAACAGGCAGCACAUUUUCCAUCAGGACAAUCUGCUACAGAAAAAAGUAUAUCGAAAGUUAUUCAAGAAGAAACAACAGAAACUCAAAUGGAGAGCAUAAUAGAGCAUAAAGUAGAUCAGGUAGAUAAUGUGGCGAUAACUGGCACUGAGAAUGUUGAAAAGUUACCCCAUGAUUUAAAAUAUGAGAAAGAAAAAGAAAAAGUGGAAGAAGAACAAAAGGAAGAGAUUAAGCAAAUAGAAGAACAAAAGGGAGAGAUUAAGCAAAUAGAAGAACAAGAGGAAGAAGAAAAACAAACAAAAGAGGAAAUCAAGCACAGGGAAGAACAUGAAAAAGAGAUUAAAAAUGUAGAACAACAUGAAGACAUUAAACCUGUGAAACAAGAUGAAGUAGAGAUUAAGAAAGAUGAAUAUGAAGAAAAGAUUAAGCAAAAAGAAGAGGAAGAGAUCAAGCAAGCAGAAGGACCAGAGGAGGAAAAAGAUCAAGAAGAGGAAACCAGUAAGCAAACGAGUAAAGAAGAGGACUUGGAGAGACCCAGUGAAGAAGUAUGUAAAGCUAUCCCUGUGGAGAUACCUGAGCUUAAAGGAGUAAUAGAAUCUGUUGUUACAGUUGAGGAUGAUUUCAUUACAAUUGUACAGACAACCAUUGAUGAAGGAGAAGCCAAUUCCCACAGUGUUCGCUUUGCUGAAACUGCACAGGCUGAAACAGGCGGAGAAGCUUUCUGUACUGAAAAGCUGGAUAUGGAGGCAGAGAUUAUUGCUCAUGUUGAAGCAGACUCAGAAGAAAAGUCUUCGGAACCUCCUGGAUCAGCUGAACAGGAAGAAAUCCCAGGAACUGAUUACAAGACAGAAAUAUAUGACGAUUAUAAAGAUGAAACAACGAUUGAUGACUCCGUCCUGGAUACCGACAGCAUAUGGGUGGAUACACAAGAUGAUGAUAGGAGCAUCAUGACAGAACAGUUAGACACUGUUCCUAAAGAGGAGAAAUCAGAGAGAGAAUUGCGGAGACCAUCUCUUGAUAAACAUAAAAAAGAAAAGCCUUUAAAAACUGGGAGAGGCAGGAUUUCUACUCCUGAAAGAAAAAUAGCUAAAAAGGAACCUAGCACAGUCUCCAGAGAUGAAGUGAGAAGGAAAAAAGCUGUGUAUAAGAAAGCUGAACUUUCUAAAAAAGCUGAAGUUCAGGCUCACUCUCCCUCCAGGAAAAUCAUUUUAAAACCUGCUAUCAAACAUACUAGACCAACUCAUCACUCCUGUGUUAAGCGGAAGCAGACAGCUGCUGGUGGUGAAAUAAACCAGACGCCUGGGGUGUUUAAGCAAGCAAAGGAAAAACUUUCGACUUCUUCUUUGUCAAAGAUUCCUGCCUCAAAGGUUAGAGCAAAGUCAUUGCUUCCUCCAAGACCCAACUCUGCUUGUUCACUAAUCACCACUAAAAAAGUUGUUUUGCGCAGUAAAGACAAUUAUAUUGCGUGGCCCUCUUCAGCGGGCCCAAGAGACUAUUCAAAAACAGCUCAGGAUGGAAUAACCAAGAGUCCUGAAAAGCGCUCCUCUUUACCAAGACCUUCUUCCAUUUUACCCGCCCGAAGAGGUAUCUCAGCAGACAGAGAACGAGAUGAAAAUUCUUUCUCCCUGAACAGCACCAUCUCAUCCGUACGACGAACUACAAGAUCAGAGCCUAUUCGAAGCCGAACAGGAAAAAGUGGUACAUCAACUCCAACUACUCCAGGAUCAACUGCCAUCACUCCUGGAACCCCACCUAGUUAUUCCUCUCGAACCCCAGGAACACCUGGGACCCCUAGUUAUUCCAGAACCCCACAUACACCGGGUACUCCCACAUCUGCAAUUCUGGUACCCACUGAGAAAAAAGUUGCUAUCAUACGCACACCUCCGAAAUCUCCAGCAACCCCUAAGCAACUUCGUCUGAUUAAUCAACCUCUACCAGAUCUCAAGAAUGUCAGGUCCAAAGUUGGGUCAACAGACAACAUCAAGUAUCAGCCUAAAGGGGGGCAGGUUAGGAUUUUAAGCAAGAAGAUUGAUUUUAGCGAUGUACACUCCAGAUGUGGUUCAAGAGAUAACAUCAAACAUUCAGCAGGGGGAGGAAAUGUGCAAAUUGUAACCAAGAAGAUAGACUUGAGUCAUGUGACUUCUAAAUGUGGUUCCCUGAAGAAUAUCCGUCAUAGGCCAGGAGGGGGUCGAGUGAAAAUCGAAAGUGUGAAACUGGAUUUUAAAGAAAAGGCUCAAGCCAAGGUUGGCUCACUUGACAAUGCUCACCAUGUGCCUGGAGGAGGUAAUAUUAAGAUUGACAGCCAGAAACUCAAUUUCCGAGAGCAUGCAAGGGCCCGUGUGGACCAUGGCGCUGAAAUCAUCACCCAAUCUCCUGGCCGAUCAAGUGUGGCUUCCCCUCGGAGGCUCAGCAACGUCUCCUCCUCUGGCAGUAUCAACCUGCUUGAAUCUCCUCAACUUGCCACCCUGGCUGAAGAUGUCACUGCAGCCCUUGCUAAACAGGGCUUAUGAAUUUGCUUUGUUAGCAGUGUUUGAAGUUACAAUAUUUAGGCAUGAUUUCUUGCCAGGAAUGGGCUCUGAGCAGGUGUUAACAUUCAUUCUUUACUAUGUCUAAAAUUAAGUCACAUCCCAAGACUGUAGUAAUCAUAAAAUAAAAACUGGGGGAAAGAUCCA